AACUUAAUUUGCUCGUCUUUGUCUUUGUAUAAAAGACGAGUUAAAAACAACACCGUCGAUCGAGAGCGAUACAAAUCAUUGCCAGGCACAUGUAGGAAGCUAUUAUGUCCACAAGGUGGCGGUAAGAGGACGCUGUGAACGGGAAGUCCCGCCCAAGACAAAAGAAGAAGAAAAACAUCAGCGAUAGCGCUGAGCUAAACUUGUGGCGGAAUCACACUUGGUCUUGAAUUCAUGUUGUUUUUCAUCAGUUUUUAGCAUUUAGAGAGUUAAAGAUGACAACUCAACGCAAACCAGAGACAACAGUCCCCGCGGAGGAAAGCGAUCAGCUUCUCAUUCGUCCUCUUGGGGCAGGUCAAGAGGUGGGAAGGUCCUGCAUCAUCCUGGAGUUUAAAGGAAGAAAGAUCAUGCUGGACUGUGGGAUCCACCCGGGCCUGGAGGGCAUGGACGCGCUGCCUUACAUCGACCUGAUCGACCCGGCCGAGGUGGACCUGCUGCUCAUCAGCCACUUCCACCUGGACCACUGUGGAGCUCUGCCCUGGUUCCUGCAGAAGACCAGCUUCAAGGGGCGAACCUUCAUGACGCACGCCACCAAGGCCAUCUACCGCUGGCUGCUGUCAGACUACGUCAAAGUCAGCAACAUCUCAGCAGAUGACAUGUUGUACACGGAGACAGACCUGGAGGAGAGCAUGGACAAGAUCGAGACCAUCAACUUCCACGAGGUGAAGGAAGUGGCUGGCAUUAAGUUCUGGUGUUACCAUGCUGGGCAUGUGCUGGGCGCCGCCAUGUUCAUGAUCGAGAUUGCAGGCGUCAAGUUGCUGUACACAGGAGACUUCUCACGUCAGGAGGACAGACACUUGAUGGCGGCGGAGAUCCCCAGCGUGAAACCCGACAUACUCAUCACGGAGUCCACUUACGGGACGCACAUCCACGAGAAGAGAGAGGAGCGCGAGGCACGUUUCUGCAACACCGUGCAUGACAUUGUGAACAGGGAAGGUCGUUGUCUGAUUCCUGUCUUUGCGCUGGGACGAGCUCAGGAGCUUCUGCUCAUCCUGGACGAGUACUGGCAGAACCACCCAGAGCUCCAUGACAUUCCCAUCUACUACGCCUCGUCUCUGGCUCGGAAGUGCAUGGCCGUCUACCAGACGUACAUCAACGCCAUGAACGACAAGAUCCGCAAAGCCAUCAACGUUAACAACCCCUUUGUUUUCAAGCACAUCAGCAACCUGAAGAGCAUGGACCAUUUUGACGACAUCGGUCCCAGCGUGGUGAUGGCGUCUCCUGGAAUGAUGCAAAGCGGUCUGUCCAGAGAGUUGUUCGAGAGCUGGUGCACGGAUAAGCGGAACGGCGUCAUCAUCGCCGGUUACUGCGUGGAGGGAACGCUGGCCAAGCACAUCAUGACGGAGCCCGAGGAGAUCAACACCAUGUCGGGGCAGAAGCUUCCACUCAAGAUGUCCGUGGAUUACAUCUCCUUUUCGGCGCACACAGACUACCAACAGACCAGCGAGUUCAUCCGAGCGCUCAAGCCUCCGCAUGUGAUCCUAGUCCACGGCGAGCAGAACGAGAUGGCACGCCUGAAAGCGGCACUGAUUCGGGAGUAUGAAGACAACGAUGAAGUCCACAUUGAGGUCCACAACCCCAGGAACACCGAGGCCGUCACACUGAAUUUCAGAGGAGAAAAACUGGCUAAGGUGAUGGGCUCUCUGGCGGACAAGAAGUGUGCUCAGGGUCAGCGCGUGUCUGGCAUCCUGGUCAAGAGGAACUUCAACUAUCACAUCCUCACACCCACUGACCUCUCAGAGUACACAGACUUGAACGUUGGUACCGUGACACAAACACAAGCCAUCCCCUACACUGGACCCAUCUCGCUGCUGGUAACACAACUCCGAUGCCUUGCUGGUGAUGUGGAACAACUGGAGACUGCAGAGAAGAUGACCUUCAAGAUCUUCAAGAACAUCACCAUGGUCCACGAAGGCGGCAUGGUUCUGCUGGAGUGGCUCGCCAACCCGCUGAAUGACAUGUAUGCCGACGUGGUGACCACGGUGGUGCUGGAGGUCCAGUCCAACCCCAACGCUCAGAAAAUUCUGGAAGCUCGGCCGGAAACCUUCGACCAGGAAGUCUUCAUUGAGAGGCUGGAACUCAUGCUGCAUGACAUGUUCGGAGACGAUUGUGUACAUUUCAAAGACGACAAACAUGUAACGGUCAACGUGGACGGCGUGUCGGCGAUCGUGGACCCGGAGAGAAGAGUCGUGACGUGCGGCGAGGACGAGUCUCUGAGGGAGAUGUUGGAAGUCGCCAUGCAUCGGCUCUAUGAUGCCCUUUGCCCCCCCCUCUGAGAGACCACGCCCACCCUGUGAUAUGUCUUUUUUCAUGUUUAUUUUUGUUGAUUAAAGGAAACGUUUGCUUUGA